AUCUAAUCCUCACAACCUCAAAAUAUGUACUAGAUCUUUGACUUUGAUGUUUCAUUAUCUGUUGUUGUUUCGUUUGUUGCCAACUUGAAAGCUUAUAAAAUUGUAUCCCAAAAAUGUUUAACCAUAGAUGCUACCAAGCCCCUUUUUUAAACUUUGAACGCAGUUAGAUUAAAAUUGGUAAACAUUUUCAAAUUUAGAAACUUCAAACAUGUAAAUUUUAAGUGCUAUCGUAAAAAACAAACAAACUAAUUAUACUGUAAUCAGAUAAUGUAACGCUACACUGUUGUCUUCCGUCUGUGAAAAACUUCGAGAUAUUUUAACGCUACAUAACAAGUGAGAAUGGAAAAGAGAAGAUAUGGGAUCUAAUGAAAGUACAUGACAGUUUGUAGAAUAAACAUAUCCACCCAACAACAACAAAGAACAUUUGCAUAUAAUUCUCCACAACACUGCCAAACUGACAUAAUUCCUUUGCUUCCAAGUGAAUAUGAUGAUGCACCCAGACAGCAAUGCUUAGCAACCUACAUCAAGCAGCAACCGAGUACAAAGAUCUGUUGCAAUUGUUAUAUUCAACAUCAGCAGACAAGUGUUGGUUUUUGUGAAGCAGUUCAGGCCAGACUUUUGUUUCUACACUUAGCUGUCUACUACAACAGUUUGCCAGCAGAAGAAACAGGCCCAACAAUUGACACCUCCAAAUAUCCUCCAAGUGAGGGAAUAACUAUUGAACUGUGUGCAGGAAUUGUUGACAAGGACAAGUGUCUGGAGGAAAUAGCAAAAGAUGAGAUUUUAGAAGAGUGUGGCUAUGAUGUGCCUAUCUCCUCAAUAAAGAAAAUUACAUCAUUUAAGUCAGGAGUUGGAGUAUCUGGAUCAGUACAGACUUUAUUCUAUGCUGAAGUCACAGAUGGCAUGAGACAACACAGUGGUGGAGGAAAUACUUGUGAGGGGGAAGAAAUAGAUGUAGUAGAUUUGACCCUAUCAGAAGCUAAAGCUUUGAUUUUUAAUGAGGAUGUCCCUCGACCUGUAACUCUUAUCCUGGCACUUAUGUGGUUUUUUGAUGGCAAUAUGUCACUCACUAAUUUACCAAACAAACUGUAGAUUUAUUGUAAUUAUGUAAACCUUAGCUAUAUAUGAAGCCACGUGAUGUUUGGUCAAACUUUAUUAUAUGUGACAAACAAAAUAGAUGUACAACUGAAAUAUAUUAUGACAUUUCUUUACGUAUUAUAUUAUGAAAAUGACAAAAUGCUUAUUUGAAUCCUUCAUAUCUUUAAAACAUUUAAAUUAGGAUAAGAAACAUUGAAAUUCUCACUAAGGGAUAUUAAAUAUUAUAAUGUUUGUUUUCAAAAAUUAUAAUUGCUGAUAAAGAUGAUAAAGGUUAAGAACAAACUCAUUAGAACUAAAAAUCAAAAUAAAUAAGUAUAGAUAUUUUCUUACAUGGAAUUGAAGAAAAGGAUUGUGUAUCUGGAUACAUAUGGUUAAACCUUAAACAAAUUUUCAAGUUCAAAUGAGCUUGUGAACAGUUACUUUUUAUUAAACUGUAGAAUACAAGCAUACCUAAUUUAAAUUUUUGUGUAUGUUACAGGAAUGAUUGAAUAUUUGUCAUUUUAGUUGUUUUAAUUUGUUGAAUUACUGACUAAAUUGUAUUCACAAGAAUAAUGAUCUAUAAAGCUGUAUUAUGAAACCAU